AUGCUGUCCUGUUUGCAAGUGGGAAACUUAGAAAAUGUUCCAUAUAAGGUCAGUUAGAAGCUGUAGCUAAUUGUAUUUUUAUGCAGUUCUGAUUUCUCCUGCUAGUUUAACUUGAUUUUGUUUUCCUUACUAAAAAACAUGAGUUAGAAACCUGGAGUUGAGCAAUGGACUUUGCUGAUAAUGGUCUUGCUCACACAGGCAAGCCAAAGAGUCUUCAGUCCCCUCAAGAUUUGUUUGAAGGAGGCCUAGCCCCCUCAAUUCUGAGGGGACCCAUUAUGUACAAUGCAUGUUGCGUGUCACAGCUUCAGCACCCAUCUCUGCCAGGGCGCUUGGCCUCCUCCAGAGGAUAUGACGUCGCACAUUCAUUGCACGUGUGAUGUCACACAGAUGUGAUGCACACCGGGCCCCCUAAACCUUGGGGGGCAACCUGGCACCUCUGUGCUCACACAUCCUUGUACCUGAAGUUGCCCGUUUAUUUAAAAGGACCUUGGAAGGCCUGUCUCCCCUCAAGAAUGUCACUGAUCUAGAUCCCACAUGUGCAGAUUUGGAAUAACUAAAAAUGUAGUGGCAACUGCUGUUUAUUAAAGAGAGAAACGCCUGUCAGCCUGUUCUUCCCUGAAAGAAAGGUGUUGCGUGUCGAGGUCCCCAAGCCACACCCCAAAUAAAUCACAAUUCGCACAGAAUUUUUGUUAAAGGUUUUUGGCAUAAUUUGGGCCACAACUUUAUUUAAAUACAUAAAUGUGUGUGGCUGCUUAGGCAUUGGUUAUGACUAUCUGUCCUCCUGCCUGGGGACAGAACUGACUUCCAGAUUCCAACGAAAGCCAGUAAGGGAAAACAAUAUUGGGGAGAAAUGGAGCUGAGCCACAGGCCCUCACCUCUCCCCGCAUGCUCCCAGAGGCUUGCACGGCCCUAGCCCCUUGCCGGGGAUACAGACAAAUGUAUGGCAAACCCCUGGAUUCCUUUAAUGGAAUUCCCUUGCAGCAGCAGCACUGGAGGGACAGGCACAGCCAACCACAUCCUCUCCACCAACUAAAUUUUAACCAAUGCCUAACCGCAACCUUACAAGUUGUGACGAUUUGCUAUGCAGUAUGCAAAAACCAAAUGGCACCAGCCAAUCUGCUAAAUGGACAAAAUUCCUACCAGGCCCCUGCCCCAAAAGCAGACGACCCCAUGACAGGCAUAGCAAUGUCAAACGCAACAGCCCUAAAUUAGGGAAGGUGGGCGGGCGAUCCGAUACAUGCAGCAAAAGAGACUGAAAAAAGCUGCGUGCCAAGAAUAUAUAACCUUUGGGCCAACCCUCUAAAUGGUAACAUCAAAAUCUCCCCAACAACCCAAAUUGACCCAAUCACAGUCAUGGCCAUCCAAACGGUCCUGCCCAGUAACCAAGAGAGGGUGUCCUGUUAGACCCCACCGCAACAUGUGCUCUCCAUGAAGGAGAACACGCUUUUCAGACUACCUCCACACUGAUCAACAAAAGAGGUUUAAGGACUCUUUCAAGGUAAAUCUUAAAAAAUGUAGUAUAAACACUGACAACAGGGAAGCACUGGCCUGCGAGCACUUCAAUUGGAGAACAGCCUUGACCAAAAGUGCAAUGGAUUUCAAAGACGCUGGAACUCAGGACUAAAGGGAGAAACAUGCAAAGCAUGCUUGGCAAACCCUCUACGUAUUCAACUCCCACCCGGAAACCUAUGUCCCCACUGUGGAAGGAUGUGUGGAUCCAGAAUUGGCCUCCACAGUCACUUACAGACUCAGUGUUAAAACCGUGUUCAUGGAAGACAAUCUUACUUGGCUAACGUGAUCACCAAAGAAGAAGCAGCAGCAAACUGAUCAAGUCAGAGCCCUAUCUGCACACGUACCCUUCACUGGAUUGGGAAGAGCAUUCAUAAAAGUACAUGACGACUCUGAUUUCUUAGCAGUGGACAAUUGGAUUUAACACAAAGGUUUCCACACAGAGCUCCAAGAAAUGGAACAAGAAGCAAAUAUUCAGCACUGCAGAGGUAAUUUGCCCUGACAGAUUUGAAAGCACUGAUUAUAUGUUUUCAGCAUGUGGGUUGGGGCUGCCUCUGGAAAUCAAGCAGGAACUUCUUGGGGAAAUGGCACUGCGAUCCAGCAGUAACCGGUGAUUGCAAGCGCCUUCUAUGGCUAGGCACAAAUUCCACCUUUAAUGUGUGUUAGAAGCAGUUUGCUAUGGGUUGCCAGGAACUGUGACUCCAUGAGGGGUAAACUACGGUGAGGGAAAGAACGUGCUUUGAAUGUGUUUUAAAGAUGUAGCGUGUACACAGCCAGAGAUGUCAACACAAUGUGCACAUUUUUUUGUUCUGUAAAUGGCAGCCACAGAGACACCUAAGCAGCAUCAGGACCAUGGGAGAUGAUGAUCUCUUCCAGCAGCUGACCCAAACUGCUACUUCGCUUCAGGCAACAUGUCCAUUGGCAGCACUGAUGAAGACUCUCCUUGUAAUGUGUACAAUUUUUUUAUUAGAACCCUGCCAGGGAGAGAAAGAGUUAAGCUUGCACUUCCCACCCUCAUUAUUCCAGUGGAAUUCGGUCUUCUUAUUUACUCAACAAAAAUAUGCAUAUUAAUGGCAUUCAUGCAAUUAACUGUCAUAUCUACUUUGACCCUCAGGUUAGCUUUUGAUUGCUGAAUAUACCAGUUCCAGUGACUGACUGGCCCUCCUCUUUGAAAUUAUCUGUUGGCUCUUAUUGUUUAUUUAUUGAUUUCAUUAUUGAUAUUUGAAAUGCUUUACUCUGGGCAAUACAAGUUGGAUUUAUUUCUAAAGAUUAAAGAAGUACGAGUGCUCGGCUGAACCAGGUAAUUACAAAUUCUGGCACCAUCGCUUAACCUCCAUGACAUUUGUAAACCAAGCAAAAGUAGAAACAGAAUAUGGCAUUUCUUCUCCCAAGAUUUCUGCAGAGCUGAAUAUCACCCCAAAGAAGAAUGAGCAGCUUUGAGCAUUGUUUAAAUAAGAAGCAGAGAUUAUUCAAAUGAGGAUACAUAUAUUAACUUCAUCAGUAUUACAUGAACCAAAUAUUAUUUAAAAGUGAUUCCAGAAUUUGCAAAAGGGGGGAUUAGACACAGAGCAUUAGUACAUGAUUUGCGUCUUACAUUUUAAUGUUAGUUUCCCUUCCUUUUUCUUAACCGGAUCUUUACAAUGAGAUGCUCACAAUGCCUACUAGCAAUUAAAAGCAUUGCGAGAAAGGCAAGGGAAAUCGAGAAGGCAUAUUUUAUUGGAUCACCUGGUCUUUCAAACACUUAAAGUAUGUCUUUGAACUACCUGAUCCUAAUAAUGCUUAGAUUGUCAACUGAGAAAAGGAAAAAAGGGGGAGAUUUUAAUGUUGUGCUAGCCAAGCAAUCCUGUGUGUGUGUGUGUGUGUGUGUGUGUGUGUGUGGAUGGGGACAGAAAUAGGCUGCCAACUUGCCCAUACAAUGGCCACCAAAUCCUAUUCUUACCCAUACUAGGACAGGAGAGGGACAACACAAUGUUCAUUGCAACAACAGUGAGAUCCACACUUCAGUGUCUAUAGAACCACUGCCAGUGCGUCGCCAAUCACAGAUCAUGUUGGUCCUGGAGGAAACCAAUGGACUGAUGGCAAUGAAAACAUGCUACCAGGACAGUUGCUUCCCCUAUUCUACAUUUGAGGGGCCUGGGUACUGACUGGCUUGUCUGUAUGCUGCGAUUAAAGGUAAAGGUAAAGGGACCCCUGACCAUUAGGUCUACUAGUGACCAGCUCUGGGGUUGCGGCGCUCAUCUCGCUUUAUUGGCCGAGGGAGCUGGCGUACAGCUUCUGGGUCAUGUGGCCAGCAUGACCAAGCCACUUCUGGUGAACCAGAGCAGGGCACGAAAAUGUUGUUUACCUUCCCACCGGAGCGGUACCUAUUUAUCUACUUGCACUUUGACGUGCUUUCGAACUGCUAGGUUGGCAGGAGCAGGGACCGAGCAAUGGGAGCUCACCCCGUCGCGGGGAUUCGAACUGCCGACCUUCUGAUCAGCAAGUCCUAGGCUCUGUGGUUUAACCCACAGCGCCACCCGCGUCCCUAUGCUGCGAUUACAAUACAUUUAUUUUAUUUUUUAAAAAACCAAAAUAUUAUGCACCUCGGAGUAGUUGCGCAACUGGAUCUUCAACCUUAGGGCUAUCCUGCACUGUUAUGCAUAUUUUUCUGUCACCCAAGAUUCGUUUGUCAUGCUGGAAAUAGCACUAGGAUGCGUUCCAGGGAUUAUCUCUUCUCAAGCUAGAACAGUUGUUCAUCUUUCAGUCGCCUCACUUGAAACAAUGGUGUCUUUAUACCCUGGUUGAGUCACAGUAUGCCUCUGAGCCCCAGUUGCCAGGAUUCACAGGUGUGGCAGAGUGCUGUUGUACCCAUGUACGGCUGUCAGGCUUCCCCGAGGCACCUGGCUGUGAGAACAGAAUACUGGACUAGAUGGGCCCUUGGCGUGAACAAGCAAUAAUCUUCUUGUUUUCUUCGCUUUGGGCUCCGUAAUUUUAUUCUUCCUUUCAUGUUAGCCUGCAGACCUCCCUUGCAGAACCUAUGUAUUUAUUUAAUUUAUUAAUUGCAUUUCCUCUCCCUUAUGGCUGUCCGAUAACAUAUGUUCUCUGGGCAGCUCAAAGAGAUGAAUGCAAAAGCAUUUUCCUAGAGCAGCAGUAAUAAGCUCAUCCAAAAUAAUAAUAAUAAUAUAUGAUUAUGCAUAUAUUAUUCAUCCACUUCAUGGAUCACUGCCUUGCCAUGACGAAGGGGCUUGAAUAACUCAGAGAAGCUAUGAACUAUGCCGUGCAGGGCACCCAAGAUGGACAGGUCAUAGUGGAGAGUUUUGACCAAAUGUGAUCCACCUGGAGGAGGAGCUGGCAAGCCACUCCAGUAUCCCUGCCAAGAAAACUCCAUGGACAAAGACAACAGGCAAGGAGAAGGGGACGACAGAGGACGAGAUGGUUGGAUGGUGUUCUUGAAGCCACCAGCAUGAGUUUGACCAAGCUGUGGGAGGCAGUGGAAGACAGAAGUGCCUGGCGUGCUCUGGUCCAUGGGGUCACGAAGAGUCGGACACGACUAAACGACUAAACAACAACAACAACAACAAUGAUUAGGUGUUUCUCAGAGAUGAGAUGAAAUGAAAUGUGCCUGCAAUUCUGCAUGAAUUCCUGGGCUCCAAUUCUUCACACGCUUACCUGGGAGUCAGUUCCAUAGAAUUCCUUGAGGCUUGCCUCUGAGUAGGCAUGUAUAGAAUUGUGCUGCCCCCACCAGUUUAACAGCAUGCAGGAUCGUGGUUCAUAUUUUUUGUCUCCAUCUGGCUUUUUAAAGACACUUGUUAGUAUGCAACAGAAAAUAUGCUGCUUUAUCAGUAAUACAUUUUGACACCUGAGAUGCCUGGGUUUUUUUGGCCCACCUUGCUUUUGUGAUUAUAAGUUGUUUUAAACUGUUUUAAACAUUGUGUUUAAAUGUUGUAACCUGCACUGGGACCUUAGGGUGAUGUACGGCCAAGAAAUUAAAAUAAUGCUAAUGUUACAGAACAUUUAACUAGGCAUUCAAAGUACUAUAGGAACCUUAAUGCAUUUUCUUGACAGCUUGCCUGCCAAGUAGAAAUUACAUUCUCUUUUAAUUUGUGAGGGGGUGGGAGCCAUCUCCAGGCAAUCUUACAACUGUUCCACGUGGGUGAACUGCAUUUUCAUAGAGUGAUGGCCACAAUGCUAGGUUGUACAUACAGUUUUCAGAAUCAGUGUACAGACAGGCUGCAUUCUGGAAAAAAUCUUUCUUAAGAGAUUAGGCUCCCUUGUGGAGUGUCAAACUAGGACCUCUUAAAAUCCCCACGGUCCAUCUAUGAAGCCAAAAUGCCCUAAACAAACAAGUCCAGAGCCCAUACAUUUUCAGACUAUUUGAUAUUUCCGGAUAAAUUAUUGAUACUUGUCAUUACAUGUUUACAUUUUCUAAUAGGCAGCUGUUUGAGAGAGGAGGAGUAGAAACCAAAUCCAAUCCAUUUGUUUUGCUAAAUUGCCAAAUUUGCAUGAUUCAGGCAGGAAAGUUUGACAUGCACUCCAAUUCACUUCUAUCGUGAUUUCAGACACCUUUUAUGUUGCUUUACAGAUGUUCAAGUGUAUGGUGUUAUACAUCUAUGGAAGAGUGAAAAGUCAGGUGAUGGAAACAGUAGCUUAAGAUACCAUUACAGAAACAUGGGAAGCAGGUCUUUAGACUACAGAAUGAACCAAAGCAGCUUUAGGGUCUGAUCAUUCUCCUUUUUCGCCAUCAACUGCCCCCUCUUACAAACUUCAUGUGGGAUUGAAUUAAAUGAAUAAUGUUUACCAUUUAAUCAAUGUUGCGUUUUUGGAGCUGUGAAUCCACUAACUGAGUUCUCACCUUCUUCCACAUCCAUCAAGUUCGUUACUAUGGGAAAAGAUUGAUACUGAUGAAUUGGAAAAAGAAAAAUGUGUCUCCCUUCUAUGAUUGGAUUGGAGACCUGUACAAACUUGCAACAUACGAACAACUUGCAUAUAAACACAGACUUGCCAUGGAUGAAUUCAAUGAUAUUUGGAAUCCAUUCUUACAAACAGUGCAAUAGAUGAAGAUCUGGUGAAGUACAACAACAACUUUGUAAACUAUACAGUUUUGGGUCGUCCCCCCUUUAUUUUCCCUUCUAUACAGGUGCUGUUUCUCUUUUCCUUUCUCUCUCUUUUAUUUACAUCGCAUCAUGUUUAGUGCAUAUAUAAUUAUGUACUUUUUGAACUUUCAGUAAAGAUGUCUGGAGGCGGGUAAAGUUUGUUAUAAUGGAAGAUGGCUACUAGAACACAGAGCUCUGAAAAUUCACCAGGGGAGCAGACAGGGUGGAGAUAAAUGUACUGAGAAAUGCGGGAAAAUACACAUUUUAGACACCUUUCGAGACAAAGAUUCAAGAAUAUGCAGAGCAUUGUCUUUGGCUGAAGGAUGGCGUCUUCAUUAUAUGUUUGUACACUGCUAACACAAUGAGCCUGGGGCAAUUAGAAGCUGUCAUAACUCACAAGCCAAUUCAAGCUCUGUUUAUAAUGGAGGCAUUGAAUGUCAUUUCAGCGAGUUGACAAAGGUAGCUUUAAUGAAAUCAGUGUUUUCAAUUAUUGUUCAGUUGCUUCUAACCACUUGGAAGCUGAAUCAUCCUGUCUAGAAGAGUCAGCCACAAAGAACAGACUUGUAUACAUAAUGACUGUAAUCCAGCUUCCCAGUACAAAAGGAGGGGCUCCUGCAGAACAGAAAACUGCAGGUAAUCAGUGGCACCCAUUGUCAGUGUCUGGGAAUGCUUCAUGCAAGCCAAAAGGAUGGAAGAUAAUAUGAAGAGAGCUAGUUGGCCCUUGCAAAUAUAGAGGUGUACAGUUGAAGCUUAUGGAGCUUUAGAUCUUCUUGGCCAAUAUGCCCCUUAUGCUACCAUAAUCAGUUACACCAGUGUACCACCAGAAGUGGAGGAGAUCUGAAAGUGUGGCUUCAAGAGGUUGGGCUAAUGGGAGCUUGGCCAACUGUUGAGGCAGUGGGUUUUGGUUCUCAUUCAGUGAUGAAGUCCGAAUCCACAAGUAGGCCUAUCUUGUGGGCUGUGGCGCUCCAUAUGUUUGUCUAGCUCCAUCUGCCCAGCUUGACAAUUUAAAUUCCAAUAGCACCAUGACUGCCAUUUUGACAUGCCUGUUUGCAAAGUUGUCACCAGUUUCUAUGCAACACCAUCUGACAGAAUCCUUUGCUACGUUUGUUUUGUGAAGGACUGGAAUAAUGAGGUUCAAACCCUAUAGCAAUCAAGAUUCCUGUGAGAUGAUACACAAUCCAGAGUGACCAUCCUAUUCUUUUUGAGGGGGGCUAUUUACAUUUUUAAAACAGUUGGAUUGCUGUGAGAUUCUGCAUGCAGGUGCAACUAUGGGCAUCUUUAUUGUGCACAUACAGGUAAGGUAACAAAGUCAUCUUCAUAAAUUAAAAGACCAGAACUGCCAUUCUCCCACCCAUUUGUUCUAUUUUCAUGGGCUGAACUCUCACGAGAACCAUCUUUAAAGGAUGCUAUAAAAAUAUUAUGCAUUUUUAAAAUAUGCUAAAAGAAAACUGACUCUUUCAGGAAUCAAUAUAAAAUCUUUUAAGGGUUUCUAUAAAAGAUAAGCACCACCGAGAGUUUGCGUUGGCAUUGGAAUAGUUCCAUUUCAACGCAAGUGUGACUGAUGCUGAGAAAUCUAUUUCCUAAUUUUCUGCACAAACGCCUCCUCAAAGAAGUAAGUCCUGUUGAAUUCAGUGGGUCUAGUUGUUGUUUAGUCGUUUAGUCGUGUCCGACUCUUCAUGACCCCAUGGACCAGAGCACACCAGGCACUUCUGUCUUCCACUGCCUCCCGCAGUUUUGUCAGACUCAUGCUGGUAGCUUCGAGAACACUGUCCAACCAUCUUGUCCUCGGUCUUCCCCUUCUCCUUGUGCCCUCAAUCUUUCCCAACCUCUCUUCUCAUGAGGUGGCCAAAAUAUUGGAGCCUCAGCUUCAGGAUCUGUCCUUCCAGUGAGCACUCAGGGCUAAUUUCCUUAAGAAUGGAUGCGUUUGAUCUUCUUGCAGUCCAUGGGACUCUCAAGAGUCUCCUCCAGCACCAUAAUUCAAAAGCAUCAAUUCUUUGGCGAUCAGCCUUCUUUAUGGUCCAGCUCUCACUUCCAUACAUUACUACCGGGAAAACCAUGGCUUUAACUAUACGGACCUUUGUUGGCAAGGCGAUGUCUCUGCUUUUUAAGAUGCUGUCUAGGUUUGCCAUCGCCUUUCUCCCAAGGAGCAGGCGUCUUUUAAUUUCGUGGCUGCUGUCACCAUCUACAGUGAUCAUGGAGCCCAAGAAAGUAAAAUCUCUCACUGCCUCCAUUUCUUCCCCUUCUAUUUGCCAAGAGGUGAUGGGCCCAGUGGCCAUGAUCUUCGUUUUUUUGAUGUUGAGCUUCAGACCAUAUUUUGCGCCCUCCUCUUUCACCCUCAUUCACCCUCAUUAACGCCUCCUCAAAGAAUAAGUCCUGUUGAAUUCAGUGGGUCUUACCCCUAGGUAAAUGGGGUUAGAAUUGUAGCCUUGAGUGGCAUGAAGCAUCUUUGAGACAAAUAGCAAUUGCAGAUUUUCCCCACCCCCAAGGUAUUUUUCUGACAGCAUCUGACAUAAUCACUCAGGAGUAGUUUCAGAAAGGGAAGAAUGAAUGGGCUUGAUUUUAAGAGGCUCUGGAAAGUCUAAUUGGAACCCUGAUGCUGGUGGCUUGCCUCUUUCCAUCUCAUUGAUUUCACAUUUGUGUCCUUUUAAAUCCAAGGCUUUUACUGCUUCUUUAUUUACUUUCAGACUCCCUCUGCCACCAUCAAGAUUCCAGGAGCCAAAUUGAAGUUUUAUCUGACCUGAUUGCUUCUAAAUAAGCAAAGUCAAUUAGCAAAAUGUAGAUGGCAAAAGCCGGUCCCAGAUGAGCUGAGUCCCAAAGGAUGAACUCAGAAAUACACGGGUUAUUUUUAGUAUCCCUGUGUAAUUAUGUAUUACUUUUACAAUAAGACUGCCAUCAUCAUAAGGGCAACAAAAAUGAGGAUGCAUAGAUAAGGAAAAAAGAACCUGAUGUUGGGAAAGAUGGAGGGCACAAGGAGAAGGGGACGACAGAGGACGAGAUGGUUGGAUGGCGUUCUUGAAGCUACCAGCGUGAGUUUGACCAAACUGCGGGAGGCAGUGGAGGACAGAAGUGCCUGGCGUGCUCUGGUCCAUGGGGUUACGAAGAGUCGGACACGACUAAAUGACUAAACAACAACAGAUAAGGAAAAGUGGUCUUCCUCUAUCUUGGUCUCCCUCCCCCCCUUUUCACUUUGAUCAGACCGAGUCAAUCGAUAGCAGGGGUGAGGAAUGUUUUCCACUUGAGGGCCAAAUUCCCAUGCUCCUUAUGAAGGCCCUGUCAUGAAAUUCUACUCAAUAUUGUUCCAGAACAGAACUCCAAUGUAUAGUUAGCAGAGUAAAAACAUAAACACGUUGCAGGACUCCCUCAAAAUAGACCAGAGCCAGUUAUAUUUCAUCCAGCAGAGCUUUACUGCUACUGAAGGCAAAUGAGCAUAAUGGUCACAAAUCCAACACAUUCAGGAUUGGCCCUGUCCAUAAGAAAUCCAGUUGCAGCAGACUUAAUUUAAACUUCUGUUGCUCUUCUGUCAUAGAACAGCUGCCCAUGGGGUCCUCCCUGGUGAGGAUUUGUGGAUGCCAAAGGACAGCAUCUCUUAAGGACACAAGAACACGCUGAGAGGAGCUGAGCAGGUAUUCCUGGUUGGUUGUGGUCUAUCUUAAGUUUACCAGAUUUUUUUCAGUGAAUCUGCGGACAACUUCAAUGGAUUUUGUAUGGGAACUGAAGUGUAAAUCUGGGGACUGUCCCUGGGAAACGGGGAUGUCUGGUAACCUUAGUCUAUCUGGUUCUAAUUUGAGCAGCCUACAUUGCCUUAACUAAGCUCAUCAUCUUCUGGCAGAACUGAUGGCAAGUCAUGUAAAAAAAAUGGCCAUAGAAUCAUUGAGUUGGAAGGGACCCCAAGGGUCAUUUAGUCCAACCCACUGCAAUGCAGGAAUCUCAACUAAAAAGUGACCAUAACAGAUGGCCACCCAACCUUUGCUUCAAAACCUCCGAGGAAGGAGGGUCUACCACAUCCCAAGUGACAUGUCUCUUGGUGAAAUUGCCAAUGUACCUAAGCAUAUAUUAAUGAAUGAAAGAGCACUUAAUAAUGUUUCUAAUAAUUCCUUUAAAAUGUCUGGAGCAAACAAGGCAGUCAUGAUACAAGUGACUCCUUAGUGGCUCUCACUCAGGACUGUGCCAUGUGCUGCUUUAAUGCAGGAGGAGACAGUGAUAUCAUGCUGUCAGGUUUAGCACUUCUCUCACAUAAGAAACAACAUGCUGGCAGUUUGACUUUGUUGUUGUUUAUUCGUUCAGUCGUGUCCGACUCUUCGUGACCCCAUGGACCAGAGCACGCCAGGCACGCCUGUCUUCCACUGCCUCCCGCAGCUUGGUCAAACUCAUGUUAGUAGCUUUUGAUGGCCAACCAUCUCGUCCUCUUCUACUUGUGCCCUCCAUCUUUCCCAACUUCAGGGUCUUUUCCAGGGAGUCUUCUCUUCUCAUGAGGUGACCAAAGUAUUGGAGCCUCAGCUUCAGGAUCUGUCCUUCCAGUGAGCACUCAGGGCUGAUUUCCUUUAGAAUGGAUAGGUUUGAUCUUCUUGCAGUCCAUGGGACUCUCAAGAGUCUCCUCCAGCACCAUAAUUCAUAAGCAUCAAUUCUUCGGCAAUCAGCCUUCUUGAUGGUCCAGCUCUUACUUCCAUACAUCACUACUGGGAAAAACAUAGCUUUAACUAUACGGACCUUUGUCGGCAAGGUUAUGUCUCUGCUUUUUAAGAAGCUGUCUAGGUUUGUCAUUGCUUUUCUCCCAUGAAGCAGGCAUCUUUUAAUUUCGUUACUGCUGUCACCAUCUGCAGUGAUCGUGGAGCCCAAGAAAGUAAAAAUCUCUCACUGUCUCCAUUUCUUCCCCUUCUAUUUGCCAGGAGGUGAUGGGACCAGUUUGACUAGUUGAGGUUUAGUUAUCGACAACAGGUUUACAGCAAUCCGAGCUUCCCACAACUCAUUCCGCACUGUCGGAGUCAGUUGACUCAACCGGCUUCCGGCCCCUUCCAAGGUCAGAUACAUGCCAAGCCCACCCCCGUUUCCUGCUGGUCUUCCUUUGUUCUAAUCGCUUGCCCCGCCACCUUCUUCUUGGAGACUCAGGUGCAGCCAAUUCCUCCUCCUCUGGAGUUGAGUCCAACCCCCUCCUACCACCUGCCUCCUGCUCCUUCAUCUCUGUGCUGCUGGGAAAACUUACAGGCAGCCAUCCAGAGUGAGAAGGGCUUAUCUCACUUGCUUUGUGUGAACGAAUCAAAUUCCUGUUUUCCUCUGCCUCUUCCUCCCGCUCUGCAGAGUCCUCUCUGCUGGCCAUGUCUCUGACACCUGCCUUCCAGCCCCCUCCCAAAAGCCAUGCACUCUACUAGCUCUGCACUAGCUCCCUGCUGGGCACACAUUCAGCAUCAGUGGGGAAGUGGCCCUAUGUACAUAGAGAUGCAUGCGCAGAAGGGCUUCUCCAGUUACCCAAGCUUCCUGUUUGUGGGGAGAAGCCCCUGCAUACCAGAUACAGUGGUACCUCGAGAUAAGAACUUAAUUAGUUCCGGAGGUCCGUUCUUAACCUGAAACUGUUCUUAACCUGAGACACCACUUUAGCUAAUGAGGCCUCCCGCUGCCGCCGCACGAUUUCUGUUCUCAUCCUGAAGCAAAGUUCUUAACCCAAGGUACUAUUUCUCGGUUAGCGGACUCUGCAACCUGAAGCGUCUGUAACCUGAGGUACCACUGUAUAGGUAUGUGUAUAAUAAAUAAUAAUAAUAAUAAUAAUAAUAAUAAUAAUAAUAAUAAUAAUUUAUUAUUUAUACCCCACCCACCUGACUGGCUUUCCCCAGCCACUCUGGGCAGCUUCCAACAAAAUAUUAAAAUACAAUAGUCUAUCAAACAUUAAAAGCUUCCCUAAACAGGGCUGCCUUCAGAUUUUAGAAGACAAGUCUGGUAGUUGUUUUUCUCUUUGACAUCUGGCACCUUCAUGCCAAUGCCACAUACAUCAGCUGUAAGGGGCUUGGCCAUUGUGUGUAAGGGGGGGGGAGCAGUGUGACUAACAAGUGCAAUUCUGCUCCUUCCCACACGUGCAGAAAAGGGGCUAUCCGAAUCACGUCUUUUGAAAUGGAAAGUACCCCAUUGCGUUUCCACAAGCAACCUGAAAAAGAAGGACCCGGCGCUGCUUUUGAAAACAUUUGGAUCAGUUCAAGUGUCCAGUAGGUGCUGUUGACCACCCAGUGGCGGAUCUUCAUGCUCCAGCACUGGGGGGCGGAGAGCAGGUGGGGGCAUGGCUGGCGCAUGUCCUGGGGGUGUGGCACCCAGCGUGGGCGGGGGCAGCUGCCAUGGCACCCCACCGGGAUCGCACUGCCGGGGGCGAUGCGCUCCCCCCUACACCCCUCUUCCUCCGCCAGUGUGCCCCCCAGCCUGUCGUAACUGGGAAUAAAGCCCGAGCGAUCCAACUCUCCUGUUGAAAAAUGCAAGCCUCCGUUUUUCGACAGCUAAGAGGGGCAUGUGAGAUUCCCCGGAGCACUGCUUCAAUUUAAUAUACAGUGGCUUUUAAGUGAUAUGACAGGUUUUCUCUGGUUGCGGCUUGAUGCCAGGAAGGAGAGAACAGACAGGUUGCCCUUCACCUUGAAAAGCCAUUAAUUCAGGAGCACAUCACUGAUGCCAGAUGAGAAUGAAAGUUUUAAAACAUUGUAUCAGUUAUAUGACCUAAUGCAGAGAAGGACGCGAAGACCUAGGAUUGUCCCCUUGGACAUUCCACCUGGAUUAUCAUGUUGUAUGAGUGCCUACAAACUGACAAACUUUCCCAUUCAGUUUUAUGGACGAACUGAGCAGUGCAUAACUUUUUUCUACACAAAAAGCUGCAUCUCCCAUAAGAAAGAGCAGGGAAGCCCUUAUCAGUGAUGGAACCUCUUGGAGUGUCAGGCUUUGAGGAAUCAGCUUUCUCCUCCCGUGGCAGUAGAUAAGAAGAUCAAACAAAAGGAACCUCUUACCAGUUAGAAUCUUUAAUAAUCACAGCGAGAGAACAAAGAACACAUCUCCUAGAAAUGGCAGUGCUCCCAGUUAAGGGUCAUCCACCCCGUCCCUCUUAAUCUACGUCACUCCAACGUCUUGCAAUCUGAGUUUAUAGCCUCUGUGCUUUCUGUUCUGACGCUUUCUGAGCUCUCCGUGACUUUGGAGAAGGGGGGAUGAAUACUAUCCAGAAACUGUGAAUCUGUUCACUCUCUCUCUUCCAGUGUUUCUUCUCCUGGCUGUUCCCCACCCAGUAUUUCCCAGCUUCUGCCUUCUGAACUAUGUCCCUCUGCAAACCGCUGUUCAAAAUCUAUACUGCCCUCCUGCUCCUGGGAAGAUUCAGGAUCAGGAUCAGGGGGAGGGGGUGGCUCCCACCAUUCCUCCUCAGUUCAGCCCUCCUCAGGACGGUCCCUGACAUGGAGCCCCUUGCCUGGAAGGGCUUGUUGGACUCUGAAAUAUACUCGGAGUCAAGUGUGGAUUUUAUGCUCUUUAUUCAGCUCAUAGUAGUGAGGAAUGCCAGUUCCCCCGAAAUGUCUGCUUUAUAUACAUUAUUUACACAAUGGGGCCCACAUGAUUGGCUAAUUCUGGGAUUCUCCUGUAGGCCAAUCAGGUUGCGGAUUCACUUCCACCUGGAGCUGGAUUGGGUGGCUCCUGCAGACCAAUCAGACUGCUGCAUUCUGAAUCCUAUUGUUCUAGAACCAAUCAGACUGUUGCAUUCUGGAUCCUAUUGUUCUAGGACCAAUCAGACUGCUGUAUUCUGGAUCCUAUUGUUCUAGGACCAAUCAGACUGCUGCAUUCUGAAUCCUAUUGUUCUAGGACCAAUCAGACUGCUGCAUUUUGGAUCCUAUUCAACUCAGUACAUAUCAGACCCAGAUCACUCAUGCCACUGAGAGAUGCUGUUGGAGCUGAGCUUUAUAGCUCGCUCUCAUGGGAUACAGGAAAUUGUGACUUAAAACAUUGGUGCCCUUCUGCUAACAUCUGGGGAAUGUUUCACACAUAUCGUAACAUUUCUCCGCCAAUAUCUAGCAUACAGUUAUAUGUAUGCUAGUUUUACCUCAGUAUACUUUCUACCACAUGGCUCUUAGAUUUGUAUGAUAGACGGGUGUGGAAGUGGCAUGGAUUUGACAGAACAAGUUCUUAUAACGAAAACUGACAAUGGUGCCUCAGAUAGGGAUGAAACAAUUUCCUUUUCUUCUUUCACUCACACCCUGCCCCGCAUUCACUGUUGAGGCUUCUAGGUUUAAAAGCUCCUGGCAAGAUUUGUGAGACUCGAGAGACCUGAUGGAUUCCCAUUGUAGGAGCUACUCAGACUUCAAACUCCACGGAAAAAUCCACUCCAGCUUAAGCUGGCAGGUCAGCUUAUUUCAUGGAAUUUGUACUGAGCAAGUUCGCUCAUCUCAAACUAAUUCUUUCAUACUAUACCACUUUCAUUCUGUUGAUGUUUUAAUCUCUGAUGCAGUGCAACCGUGAGUGA